CGUCCUGACCCAUUGCCAUGCCUGGAGUGACCUAGCGUCACAGAUUAAGCGGAGAGCCGGAGAUGAUGCUCAUGGAUCAGUUCUUUAAAGUAGUUUGAACGGGUCUCUAAAUGUUGACAAUGAUAUUAAGAAUUGUUCAUCAUCAUUUAAGGGAAUCCAGUGCCCGAACUGCAUUCCAUUUUCACUCCACUUCCAUCUCAUCAUCAUCAAGAACCCUAAAAUCCAUUCCAGACAACGCAGAAAAGAUCUCAUUCGUCGUUUCUUAUCUCAUCAGUAAAUUUGGGUUGUCGUCAGAAAGAGCUAUCUCAGCUUCCAAGCAUAUGAAUUUCAAGACCCCCGAGAAACCUGACUCUGUGUUGUCGUUCUUGAAAAAUCAUGGCUUCACAGACGGCCAGAUCCUAAAAGCAGUCAUAAAGCUACCAACUCUUCUUGUAUCUGACCCCGAAAAGACCCUUUUUCCCAAGAUUGAAUUUUGCCUCUCUAUGGGUUUCUCACAGGACAUGGUAGCGUCUAUGCUAAGCGGAACUCCUUCACUUUUCAAGUACAGUUUGGAAAACAGUCUUGUUCCAUCCUUGAAUUUCCUCAGGACUCUCAUUCCAGUAGAAGAAGCACUUAUGACUGCCUUAAAGAGUUGCAUUGGGCUUCUUACUAGUGACCUCGAACGUAAUUGUGGACCUAAUAUACAACUUCUGAGAGAAAUCGGAGUCCCCGAAUCGAACAUAGUUUAUCUGUUCAAAUACCAGCCUAGAGUUUUCCGGUUUGACAAAGAUAAGUUUAGGGACAUUGUGGAGAAAGUGAGAGACUUAAGAGUUGACACAAAACAUGUAAGUUUUGUUAUUGUAAUUAAGGCAAUGACGAUAUGUAAAUUGACUUGGGAAAAGAAGAUGACCAUCUAUAAGAACUCGGGUAUUUCUGAGAAUGAGGUUUUGGAGGCGUUUAAGAAGUACCCUUGGUUAAUGGUGGUGUCUCAGGAGAAGCUUGUGAAGCUUCUUGAUUUUCUUGUCAAUAAGAUGGGAUUGGAAUCUUCAAUUCUUUUAAGAAGGCCUCAACUUACCUCUUUUAGCCUGGAGAGGAGGACUAUCCCUAGAUGCUUAGUAUACCGAGCUCUGUUGGCUAAGGGUCUGGUCAGGGAGGACCACGAUGUGUUACUUUACAUUCUAAAUGCUACCGAAAAUAUGUUUCUAAAGAAGUUUGUGAAAUGUCAUGGAGAACAUGCUCCUGCAUUGUUAGAGGUAUAUCAGAGUCCACAACAAGUUGCCUUAUCCCUAUUACCUUCAAAAUUGGUUUGAUGUUGUCUAGAGUGUAAAAGCAUCUGAGAUUGCUUUUUGGAGGAUAACAUGUGUCAUUGGAAGGUGAUUGGGGUAUGUAUUAUAGUGCCUUCUGCUUCAUUUGCUUUAUAUUUGUUGAUCAUCUCCAGAGUCUCACAUUAGAAAAUUAAAGAGAAAAUGAUGGGUUAAUAACAAGACCUUGGAUUGAACUCUCAAUCCAAGGAGUAACUCCAAUUCAGUCCUGAAUUCCAUCAGUGAUACAGGAUUCUUAGUUUCAUAUACCCGUCAUCAGAUCAACUUUCUUUUGCCAUGGAUUGCUAAAAUUUAUGUGAGAUGCAUUAUGAUGAGAUUUUCUUCCGGAAGCCGGACAAGUUUGUGUAUUGCAGUUGCAAUGCUGUUACUCCUGAGUUCUGAUGUAUCUGCAUUAUAAUGAUUUUACUGCUCUUUCUUUACUAGGUAUGUACUGUUUGAGUAUUAUAUCAUUCAUACUACUUCCGUCCUGGUUUAAGCUCCUCAUUGAAAAGUGGCGCAAUUAAUUAGACAAUAAUCAAAUAAAGUAAUUCGAGUAUAUUUUGAGAAGUAGUUUGAUGUGUAUAUAACAUAAUGAAGUCAUUGAUGAUAAUUGUGAUAGUUAUAGGUGUGUUAUUUUUAAUGUUCGAUGAUAAAUUGCCAUUUAGGAGCGUUAAUCAAUUUAUAAUUUCUAAAAUAGAAAUGGGGACCUUUAGCUGAGACGUCCAAAGAAGCUUAUGUUGGGAAGGAUGGAGUAAUAAUAGUUGGGAGAUUUGAAAGGUAAUUAUAGUUGGGAGAUAGGAAUUUCUAAUAUAUACUCCCUCCAUCCCAUUGGACUUUGCCAACUUUCUCAUUUUGGUUGUCCCAAAAAACUUUGCCACUUUCCUAUUAAAGCAACUACUUUGUAGUUCUGCUCAUUUCUCUCUCCUCUGUGCAAACCUUCACCACAUAGAUUUUACUUUUCUUAUUUCUCACACUUUUAACUUGGCAAAGUCCAUCGGGACGGAGGUAGUAUAUCUUAAGAAUGUCACUUACAUUAUUUUGUGGAUUGUUAUAUUUAUUUAUUUAUUUAUUUAUUUAUUUAUUUAUAUAUUCACAUUUAUAUUUUUUCAUUUGUUAAGCAGUGAGUUUUGUAGUCUACGUAUAAGAAUUCAUAAGGUACUCCAUCGGUCACAUUCAUUCAUUCAUUUUCAUUUACCCCAGUGCCGCAAAGGCUCCCACCUACGGUGGGGUAAGGGGGGGUCGGAUGUACGCAGUCUUACCCCUGUACUAAAGCACAGAGAGACUGUUUCCGGUCACAUAAGAAAUCAAAUUUGUAUCAAUAUUUCAGUAUUACAAAUUUAGACAUUAAGUAGGAUAUAUUCUGAUUUCUGAAUUAAGGUAUAAAAAAUCUUACAGUUUUUAGUUUCACUUGGGAUAUAUUCAUAUAUUCUGAUUUCUGAAUGAAGGUAUAAAAAAUCUUACAGUUUUUAGUCUCACUUAGGAGUUAGGAACAUGGCUUUUCUUUCCUGAAACAGACUGUCAUUUUGUACUACAAAAUCAAAGACAAGUUAAAGUUAUGGCAUUUUUAAGGGAAUUCUAUCAAAAAAACUAAAAAGUCAAUAAAAUCCUUCUACUAAACAACAACCCCAUUAAGUUGCUUGAGUAACAUUUUUUCCAUUUCUUAUUUCCCAAACUUUUCUUUUUCUUUCUCUUUAUACUUCUCCCAGAAGCAUUACCAACUUAACAUACCGCCACCACUUCUUUCAUCACGUUUGACUUGGACCAUUGCUGCCAAGGAGGCGAGGAUGGCCAUAAUGCAUGACUACCCUCUCUACAUAGUUGAGUAUCCAAGGUUCAUUACCUUCAUCCAGACUCUAGAGUCUCCAACCAUGGUUUGAUACAUGGAUUUAAAAUGCAGACCGCAAAGCCCGAUGCGGCUGCAAUAUUGCAGCUGUGGGCACUGCCGCAACUGCAUCGGGCUGCAAUGGCAGCGUUUUUGAAAUUCAAGGUCAAAACUGCAAUGUAACCACGUCUGGGCCGCAUCAGGACUGCUAUACUAUUUUUUUCUUUUCAUAUUUUGUCCGAUUGUAAAAUUAAUUCACACCAUGUCAGUCACAAUACGCAUCGCAGCGGGCGCAAUAGCUACAAACGCAAUAACCGUGACUGAAACCGCAAUUUUAAACCACGACUCCAUAUGGUCAGCUUCAACACUGUUCAAGGAGACUCUAAGGCUACUUAGCGUAGAUAGAAAGAUUAUGCUCAAAGGGUGGACUGGAGGUAUGCCGGGAGGACAUGUUGCCUCACGUAUGUGGUCUUCCUACCAAUCCCACGCGAGGGUCGGCUAUGUUCUCAUAACCGAGCAGUUCAUUGAUUUCGAGUUGAAGAAUUUGACACAGAUUUCUGCUACGCCUCGGUAAGUGAUGGCGGUAUCACCUCCAACAAUGCCCAAGUCCUUCUCCCGUUUACCUUCAAAAUUGGUUUGAUGUUGUCUAGAGUGUAAAAGCAUCUGAGAUUGCUUUUUGGAGGAUAACAUGUGUCAUUGGAAGGUGAUUGGGGUAUGUAUAUUUGCUCCUGCCUUCUGCUUCAUUUGCUUUAUAUUUGUUGAUCAUCUCCAGAGUCUCACAUUAGAAUUAGAAACUUAAAGAGAAAAUGAUGGGUUAAUAACAACACCUUGGAUUGAACUCUCAAUCCAAGGAGCAACUCCAAUUCAGUCCUGAAUUCCAUCAGUGAUACAGGAUUCUCAGUUUCAUAUACCCGUCAUCAGAUCAACUUUCUUUUGCCAUGGAUUGCUAAAAUUUAUGUUAGAUGCAUUAUGAUGAGAUUUUCUUCUGGAAGCCUGACAAGUUUGUGUUUACUGCAGUUGCAAUGCUGAUACUCCUGAGUUCUGAUGUAUCUGCAUUAUAAUGAUUUUAUUGUUCUUUCCUUACUAGGUAUGUACUGUUUGAGUAUAUUAUAUCAUUCAUACUACUUCCGUCCUGGUUUAAGCUCCUCAUUGAAAAGUGGCGCAAUUAAUUAGACAAUAAUUAAAUAAGGUAAUUCGAGUAUAUUUUGAGAAGUCGUUUGAUGUGUAUAUAACAUAAUGAGGUCAUUGAUGAUAAUUUUGAUAGUUAUAGGUGUGUUAUUUUUAAUAUUCGAUGAUAAGUUGUCAUUUAGGAGCGUUAAUCAAUUUAUAAUUUAUAAAAUAGAAAUGGGGACCUUUAGCUGAAAGUCUGAAACGCCCAAAGAAGCUUAUGUUGGGAAGGAUGGAGUAAUUAUAACUGGGAGAUUUGAAUGGUAAUUAUAGUUGGGAGAUAGGUAUUUCUAAUAUAUAUCUGAAGAAUGCCACUUGCAUAAUAAAUUAUUAAGAAAUCAUUUCAUAUUUGGGACAUUGUUAUAUUUAUUUAUUUAUUUAUUUAUUUAUUCACAUUUAUAUCAUUUCAUUUUUUUUCAUUUGUUAAGCAGUGAGUUUUGUAGUCUACAGAUAAGAAAUCAUAAGGUACUCCAUCGGUCACAUAAGAAAUCAUAUUUGUAUCAGUAUUUCAGUAUUACAAAUUUAGACAUUAUGUAGGAUAUAUUCUGAUUUCUGAAUGAAGGUAUAAAAAAUCUUAUAGUUUUUAGUCUCACUUAGGAGUUUGGAACAUGACUUUUCUUUCCUGAAACAGACUCAUUUUGUACUACAAAUUCAAAGACAAGUUAAAGUUUUGCCAUUUUUUAAGGGAAUUCUAUCAAAAAAUAGUAAAAAAGUCUAUAAAAUCCUUCUACUACACAACCCCAUUAAGUUGCUUGAGUGACAUUUUUUCCAUUUCUUAUUUCCCAAAGUUUUCUUUUUCUCUCUUUAUACUUCUCCUAGAGGCGUUACCAACUUAGCAUACCGCCACCACUUCUUUCAUCACGUUUGACUUGGACCAUUGCUGCCAAGGAGGCAAGGAUGGGCAUAAUGCAUGACUACCCUCUCUACAUAGUUGAGUAUCCAAGGUUCAUUGCCUUCAUCCAGACUCUAGAGUCUCCAACCACGGUUUGAUACAUGGAUUUAAAAUGCAGACCGCACUGCCGCAACUAGGAGUGGACUCGGGCCGGGCCAACCGGCCUGGAACCGGACCGGCCCGCUACUGUGCGGGCCCGGACCGGCCCGGUGGGAUGGCGGUUCGGGCUCGGGCCCUUCAAAAGGUGAACCGGCCGGUUCGGGCCGGGCCCGGGCCAAUUUAUUAUUUUUUUUGAAUUUUUUUAAGUUUUUGGGUUGGGCUGGGUAUAGUGUUGGAUUCGGUUCGGGCCACCCAGCCCAUGACCCUGCCCGGUACUGUGCGGGCCCAGGACCGGCCCGGUCGGGCGGUCCGGGACCAGGUGUGGACCCGAACCGGUGGGAAUGGGCGGGGCGGGCACGGUUCCGGAAAAAUCUGACCCGGCCCGGCCGGGUCGGGCCCAGGUCCGGGUCUAACGGUCUAAUUUAAAAAAAAUAAUAAUAAAUUGGUACUAGCCGUUGGGGGUGGGCUGGGGACAACCCAAACGGCUAUAUAGCUGUUGGGUGGGGUGCAGGGGGGGUCCGGGGGGUUGGGUGGUGGGGGUAAAAAAACCUAUAAAUACUCCUAAUCUUAAACAUUUUUUCAUAUCUCUUCUCCAAUUCUUUCUAAAUCCUAUUCUUAACUCUCUAAUUCUCUUAUUCUCCAUUCUCCAAUAUAUUAUAUUUAUUAUUUAUAGUUUAUACUAUCCUCCGUAUCUCAUUAAUUGCAACAUUGGAAUAUAUACACUAUUCAUGUACUUUACUUUCACUACAUCUUAUUAUUAAUGUAUGUGAAUUAUUAUUAUUAUUUUGAAAAAUGUUGUUAAAUUCGGCUCAUUACUAAAUUUUAUAAUCUGUUUUUUUUACUAAUACAUAAUUAAAUAUAAUAACGAUCAAAGUUGUGCGUUGGCAAACGUAAAAUAUUGACUGUUGCAACUAAAAAGAGACGGAGGAAGUAUUAAUAAUCUACUUAUAUAAACUAUAAAUAGAUAUAAAUAGUAUUAUAUUACUUAUAUUUGUUAUCUAAUUAUAUAUUACUUAUAUAUUUAUUAUAUCUAUUAAUAUAGUUGGAAUUAUAUCUAAUUAAUUUGAAGUCAUUCUAUUACUCCCAUCGAAAGACCGAAAGUCCGAAAGAGGUACGAAAUUAUUCUAUUAUUUACACUUGUUUAAUUACUAGUUAAUUUGCUACAUUUGACUCUAGUUUAAUAGUUAGAUAAAUAGUUAAUUACUUUUUUACAAUUUUUUAUUAAUUGCUACAUUUGACUCUAGUUUAAAAAAUAUGUUGUACACAAAACUAGUUAAUUUGCUAUAACUCGAAUUAAUAGUUAGAUAAAUAGUUAAUUACUUUUUUACAAUUUUUUAUUAAUUGCUACAUUUGACUCUAGUUUAAAAAAUAUGUUGUACACAAAACUAGUUAAUUCACUAGUUAAUUUGCUAUAACUCGAAUUAAUAGUUAGAUAAAUAGUUAAUUACUUUUUUACAAUUUUUUAUUAAUUGCUACAUUUGACUCUAGUAUAACUCGAGGUUAGUGAUAUAUUUUAUGCAUUAUUCAAUGAGUUUCAUGCACAAUAUGGCAAUGCGCCCCCUCCCCCGACACAAACAUCAUCUAAAGGAAAAUCAAUUUUCAAAUCUACGUUUGCCUAUCUUAUUAAAAAAUGAAAUCAACUCCCGCUACACAACAAAGCACAAUUAAUGAGAUUUCUUUGUAUUUAACUUAUGAUGUUGAUUUUGAAGAAGAUGAUGAUUUUGACGUACUAAACUGGUGGAAGGGAAAAGAAAGAAUGUUCCCGGUUUUAGCAAAGAUGACUAAGCAAGUGCUAUCAAUGCCGGUUUCAACUGUUACCGUGGAACAAGAAUUUAGUUCGGCCGGCAAUGUCCUAACACAAACCAGAACGAGGUUGAACGCUGAAUCUCUUGAGAUGCUUAUAUGCUACCACGAUUGGUUGAAAGCAGCCCGUAGAGCUCAAGAAAUUGACAUAACCACAUCCCAACACUUUAUUGAUGAAUCUACAACCGAGGGUGGCUCUACUUAUGCCGGAGAUUUCGAUUGAAAUAUUGAAUGAUUGAUUAGUAUUUCAUGUUUUAAAAACAAUUAUAGUUCCUAUUUAAUUUUCAAAUGUAGUUCCUAUUUCAUUUCAAAUAAAUGCACUUGAAGUUUGUUUUUUAA